AUGUCUAUAGUUAGUAUUGUUGCCAGGGAGAUCCUGGACUCCAGAGGAAACCCCACUGUGGAAGUAGAUCUGCACACAGGCAAAGGUCUGUUCAGGGCUGCUGUGCCCAGCGGUGCGUCCACCGGCAUCUAUGAGGCUCUGGAGCUCCGAGAUGGAGACAAGACCCGCUACAAGGGCAAAGGUGUAACAAAGGCUGUCGGUCACAUCAACGACAGCCUUGGACCUGCCCUCGUCCAGUCGGGGGUCAGCGUGCUGGAGCAGGAGACACUGGACAACAUGAUGAUUGAAUUGGACGGCACUGAUAACAAAUCUAAGUUCGGGGCCAAUGCUAUUCUGGGAGUAUCACUGGCCAUAUGCAAAGCUGGUGCUGCAGAGAAAGGUGUCCCCUUGUACCGCCACAUCGCUGAUCUGGCAGGAAACGGAGAGCUGGUCCUACCAGUUCCUGCUUUUAAUGUGAUCAACGGGGGCUCCCAUGCUGGUAACAGACUGGCCAUGCAGGAGUUCAUGGUACUUCCUGUAGGGGCCGAGUCUUUCCGGGAUGCUCUGCGUGUCGGGGCUGAGCUCUACCAGACUCUGAGAGAAGUGAUCAAGGAGAAGUACGGCCAGGAUGCUACAAAUGUGGGCGAUGAGGGAGGGUUUGCCCCAAACAUACAGGAGAACAGUGAAGCCCUGGAGCUGAUAAAGACGGCCAUAGAGAAAGCGGGCUUCACGGACAAAGUGGUGAUUGGGAUGGAUGUCGCCGCCUCAGAGUUUUUCAUGGAGGGCAAGUACGACCUUGACUUCAAGUCUCCGCCCAACGCCGCCCGCAACAUCAGCGGUGAAGAGCUGGCCAGCAUCUACCAGGGCUUCAUCAACAACUAUCCAGUUGUGUCUAUUGAGGAUCCGUUCGAUCAGGACGACUGGCCCGCUUGGUCCCAGUUCACAGCCUCAGUGGGCAUCCAGGUGGUUGGAGACGAUCUCACGGUCACUAACCCGCGCAGGAUCCAACGAGCCGUGGAGGAUAAGGCCUGCAACUGCCUGCUGCUCAAAGUCAACCAGAUCGGCUCUGUCACAGAGUCCAUCAAGGCGUGUAAGCUGGCCCAGGAGAAUGGCUGGGGUGUGAUGGUGAGCCAUCGCUCCGGAGAAACAGAGGACACUUUUAUAGCUGACCUGGUGGUUGGUCUCUGCACUGGACAGAUCAAGACCGGAGCUCCCUGUCGAUCAGAACGUUUGGCCAAAUACAACCAGCUCAUGAGGAUCGAGGAAGAGUUGGGUGACCAGGCUCGCUUUGCUGGGCACAACUUCCGUAACCCCAGUGCCCUCUGAGUGCCAGACCUGUAGAUGGGUGCAGGAUAAGAAAUAUAAAAUGACAUACAAAUCAUAUAUAUAUAUAUAUUAUAUUUCCCUGGCAGGUAUAAUGAUGAGAUAAUGACUCACCUGAUUAAACUCACUAAGACUAAACUCAACUAACUGAAACACAUAGAUUUAGCGACACGUUUAAGCAAGUGACUGGCGUUAAUGAUCACAGCCAGUUGCAGCAAAGCCUGUUGGGUAAAAACCCCAGUGUCCUGCCUCACAGAACAGACUCGCACUAACCUUAUUGCACUGGUUAGUUUCUUUGUCUUCGCUGAU